AUGGGCAAACAGCAACGGCGUCAAGCUCGUCCAAAGACCAAACGGCCUAUUCCAAAGGCCAGCCAGUCUCUGAAACCGAUGCCAAAGGCUCUACAAGACAAGCUCAGGGAUAUUUCUUAUUCCAAGACGGUACACGGAUCCGUAUCCGAAGAUAUACUUCUUGACAACCAGCGUCGACCCUCGGGAUAUGCCUUUGUACCUAAGGGGAAUACCUACAUCACUAGGAAAUGCCGUUCCCAGACACACGACCUGGGAUCGCCUGUAUAUACCGUCUAUAGUUCCACAACUUACAAGCCGACCGGCAUUUGCGUUCCGAUUGAUGUACAAGCUGCCGUCGAAUUAGAGUCGCAGGACACAUCUGAUGCACGCAAAAAAGCAGUGGCUCAAAAGGAUGCUCGUGACCGACAAAAGGCCAGGGAACUGCUCCUCAAAGAGUUCCCGAACAUGCCCAAGCCAGAUCUCAAUACAGUACUCAAUCAUGCCUUUUUAAAGGGAUCCAGACGGGUUGGUAGAAGUGGGAAAAUUGCGAAUGAGAAGGACAAGGUACGGCUGGCUGUUGAAGCGCAUAUCAGGCACGUCCAUACCGAGUAUGAUGACAUGAUCAGGCGCGGUUUGACGAGAGAGAGAGCCAGGGAGAAUAUAUGGGAUGAGGUCACCAUUGUCAGGGACUCAUGGAAGAAGUAA